GCUACACAGAAAUUUGUUUGCUCUGAUGAGGUCGGGUUUACAAAAUUAAAUGUUGUAUUUAGAGUGUUUGUCUUGUUGUGUGGUUGUGUGUUUGUCUUGCUAAGUGAUCAUGUGUUUGUCUUGUUAGUGUUUCGGUGUUUGUCUUGUUGAGUGGUUGGGUGUUUGUCUUGUUAGUGUUUCGAUUUUUGUCUUGUUGAGUGGUUGGGUGUUUGUCUUGUUAAGUGGUUGGGUGUUUGUCUUGUUGAGUGGUCGUGUGUUUGUCUUGUUAAGUGGUCGUGUGUUUGUCUUGUUGAGUGGUCGUGUGUUUGUCUUGUUAAGUGGUUGGGUGUUUGUCUUGUUAAGUGGUUGGGUGUUUGUCUUGUUAAGUGGUUGGGUGUUUGUCUUGUUAAGUGGUUGGGUGUUUGUCUUGUUAAGUGGUCGUGUGUUUGUCUUGUUGAGUGGUUGGGUGUUUGUCUUGUUAAGUGGUCGUGUGUUUGUCUUGUUAAGUGGUUGGGUGUUUGUCUUGUUAAGUGGUUGGGUGUUUGUCUUGUUAAGUGGUUGGGUGUUUGUCUUGUUGAGUGGUCGUGUGUUUGUCUUGUUAAGUGGUUGGGUGUUUGUCUUGUUAAGUGGUUGGGUGUUUGUCUUGUUAAGUGGUUGGGUGUUUGUCUUGUUAAGUGGUCGUGUGUUUGUCUUGUUGAGUGGUUGGGUGUUUGUCUUGUUAAGUGGUCGUGUGUUUGUCUUGUUGAGUGGUUGGGUGUUUGUCUUGUUAAGUGGUCGUGUGUUUGUCUUGUUAAGUGGUUGGGUGUUUGUCUUGUUAAGUGGUUGGGUGUUUGUCUUGUUAAGUGGUUGGGUGUUUGUCUUGUUGAGUGGUCGUGUGUUUGUCUUGUUAAGUGGUUGGGUGUUUGUCUUGUUAAGUGGUUGGGUGUUUGUCUUGUUAAGUGGUUGGGUGUUUGUCUUGUUAAGUGGUCGUGUGUUUGUCUUGUUGAGUGGUUGGGUGUUUGUCUUGUUAAGUGGUCGUGUGUUUGUCUUGUUAAGUGGUUGGGUGUUUGUCUUGUUAAGUGGUUGGGUGUUUGUCUUGUUAAGUGGUUGGGUGUUUGUCUUGUUAAGUGGUUGGGUGUUUGUCUUGUUAAGUGGUCGUGUGUUUGUCUUGUUAAGUGGUUGGGUGUUUGUCUUGUUAAGUGGUUGGGUGUUUGUCUUGUUAAGUGGUUGGGUUUUUGUCUUGUUAAGUGUUUCGGUUUUUGUCUUGUUGAGUGGUUGGGUGUUUGUCUUGUUAAGUGGUCGUGUGUUUGUCUUGUUGAGUGGUUUGGUGUUUGUCUUGUUAAGUGUUUCGGUGUUUGUCUUGUUGAGUGGUUGGGUGUUUGUCUUGUUAAGUGGUCGUGUGUUUGUCUUUUAAGUGGUUGGGUGUUUGUCUUGUUGAGUGUUUCGGUGUUUGUCUUGUUGAGUGGUUGGGUGUUUGUCUUGUUGAGUGGUCGUGUGUUUGUCUUGUUAAGUGGUUGGGUGUUUGUCUUGUUGAGUGGUCGUGUGUUUGUCUUGUUAAGUGGUUGGUUGUUUGUCUUGUUGAGUGGUCGUGUGUUUGUCUUGUUAAGUGGUUGGGUGUUUGUCUUGUUAAGUGGUUGGGUGUUUGUCUUGCUAAGUGGUUGUGUGUUUGUCUUGUUAAGUGGUUGGGUGUUUGUCUUGUUGAGUGGUCGUGUGUUUGUCUUGUUAAGUGGUUGGGUGUUUGUCUUGUUAAGUGGUCGUGUGUUUGUCUUGUUGAGUGGUCGUGUGUUUGUCUUGUUAAGUGGUCGUGUGUUUGUCUUGUUAAGUGGUUGGGAGUUUGUCUUGUUAAGUGGUCGUGUGUUUGUCUUGUUGAGUGGUCGUGUGUUUGUCUUGUUAAGUGGUUGGGUGUUUGUCUUGUUAAGUGGUCGUGUGUUUGUCUUGUUGAAAGGUCGUGUGUUUGUCUUGUUAAGUGGUUGUGUGUUUGUCUUGUUAAGUGGUCGUGUGUUUGUCUUGUUGAGUGGUCGUGUGUUUGUCUUGUUAAGUGUUUGGGUGUUUGUCUUGUUAAGUGGUCGUGUGUUUGUCUUGUUGAGUGGUCGUGUGUUUGUCUUGUUAAGUGUUUGUGUGUUUGUCUUGUUAAGUGGUCGUGUGUUUGUCUUGUUGAGUGUUUCGGUGUUUGUCUUAUUAAGUGGUUGGGUUUUUGUCUUGUUAAGUGGUUGGGUGUUUGUCUUGUUAAGUGGUUGGGUGUUUGUCUUGUUAAGUGGUUGGGUGUUUGUCUUGUUGAGUGUUUCGGUGUUUGUCUUGUUGAGUGUUUCGUUGUUUGUCUUGUUAAGUGGUUGGGUGUUUGUCUUGUUGAGUGGUCGUGUGUUUGUCUUGUUAAGUGGUUAGGUGUUUGUCUUGUUGAGUGUUUCGGUGUUUGUCUUGUUAAUUGGUUGGGUGUUUGUCUUGUUAAGUGGUCGUGUGUUUGCCUUGUUAAGUGGUUGGGUGUUUGUCUUGCUAAGUGGUUGGGUGUUUGUCUUGCUAAGUGGUUGUGUGUUUGUCUUGUUAAGUGGUCGUGUGUUUGCCUUGUUAAGUGGUUGGGUGUUUGUCUUGUUAAGUGGUUGUGUGUUUAUCUUGUUAAGUGGUACAACUAUUGAGGUAUACGGUAUCAUCAAAUGUGUGCUAUGGAAUAGGGAGACAAGUUGUAUAUUGGAAACGGUGAAAAGCGAAAGAAGUACAAAAUUUGAAAAGAGGUCCAAAAAAGGUGAGUGUGAGCUAAAAGCGAAGUGUGAGGUAAAACGCUGAGUGUGAGCUAAAUUGCUGAGUGCCAACUGAUGAGCUUAGUGUGAGCUAAAGAGCUAAGUGUGAGCUAAAGAGCUGAGUGAGAUCUAAAGAGGUGGGUGUGAGCUGAUGAGCUGAGUGCGAGCUUGUUUUAGUCUAAAAAUGGGUUUAUUUUAAACCCAUAUUAUGUCGCCCAUUGAAGUUCGUCUAAAAUGUGUGUCGCCAUUAUGAACUAAUUGAGAAGCACUGAUGUAAUUUUUUAAGGAACUUUUAUUUAUAGCUUUUAUCUAUGUGUUUUCUGAAUAUUUUUUUACCGAACUAUUACCGUUUUUUUACACAUCCGAUCUUAUUACCUUUUUUACACAUCCGAUCUUAUUAUCUUUUUUACACAUCCGAUCUUAUUACCUUUUUUACACAUCCGAUCUUAUUACCUUUUUUACACAUCCGAUCUUAUUACCUUUUUUACACAUCCGAUCUUAUUACCUUUUUUACACAUCCGAUCUUAUUACCUUUUUUACACAUCAGCAAAAAGUGUGUUGUAAUAUUUUUGUUUAGCAACAAAAGAAAUAGAAAUCAAGACAUAUCCACCAUCACCAUUGAAUUGAAUUGCUACUGAAGACCUGUCUAUCGUUUUUUUCAAUCUUAGUUCUUUUUUUCCCUGGGUAACAUAUCUUUCUUCCCUCCCUUCUCAUUUCUUCUUCCAUCUAAUUUCUUUUUUCCUUCCAUCUCAGAUCUUCUUUCCUUCCAUCUUAGAUCUUCUUUCCUUCCAUCUCAGUUCUUGUUUCCUUCCAUCUCAGUUCUUCUUUCCUUCCAUGACAGCUCUUCUCUCCCUGGUGACUGCUUGCGUGGCGGCCCCCACCGGAUGUGACGGAGAUGCACUGAACACAACAAUGAUUAAAUGUUUCACAGAGAACGGAUUCUCCUUCCAGGAUGUUUCCAGACUCUUAACCUUGAACAACGGUGCCAUGGGUCUUAACGACGGAGUAAGUUGGGUUUUUUCAUUGGCGAAUCUAUGGAAACAUUUCGGUGGGUAGGAAUACAUACUAACCAUAUGAGUUUACAUGUAAGGGUGUCAGGAAAUCUUUCAAAAAACAUUCUUGGAGCUCAAAGCAACAGAACGCCUUAAGGCGCGACACAAGGAAUUGAUAAAUGAUAAAAAAAUAUCAGGGGCGUUUUGAAAUCAUAUGAUAUUCCAAUUUGGAAGCAUAAAAUAUAAGAAGUAUACAUUUAAAAACAUAAGAUAUGUACAUAACAAAAUAUAUAACAUACACAUUUCAAAACACCGAUAAAAAAUAAAUACACAUUUAGAUAUAAAAAUCUUUGAUAUACACAUUUAAAACUUACAAUAUACACAUUUAAACAUUACAUAUACACAAUUAAAAACAUAAAAUAUUCACAUUUAAAAACAUUAGAUACACACAUUUAAAAAAUAUAGAUAUACACACCAAAAAAUAUUAGAUGUACACAUUUAAAACAUAAAAUAAACACAUUGAAAAAUAUUACAUUUACACAUUUAAAACAUAAAAUAUACACAUUUAAAACAGAUUAUACACAUUUAAAACAGAUUAUACACAUUUAAAACAGAUUAUACACAUUUAAAACAGAUUAUACACAUUUCAAAACAUGUAUACCUAUGUAUCUAAAUAUAUGAAAUCCGUACGUCUGAUGGAGUAGCUAUGUACACACUUGUGGAUGCACAUCUUUCAAGAGAUAAUCCGUACACAUCAAACGGUGACGUUCUGGGGGCCAUGCUCUACACCAGGCCAGCACAACUCAAAAUGUAAGGCGCGCCGUAAUACUUUAUGAAAAACGUGUGCGGGCCAAAAGAAAACAAGACAUGGCUUGUGCGGGCCAAAAGAAAACAAGACAUGGCUUGUGCGGGCCAAAAGAAAACAAGACAUGGCUUGUGCGGGCCAAAAGAAAACAAGACAGGACUUGUGCGGGCCAAAAGAAAACAAGACAGGACUUGUGCGGGCCAAAAGAAAACAAGACAGGACUUGUGCGGGCCAAAAGAAAACAAGACAGGACUUGUGCGGGCCAAAAGAAAACAAGACAGGACUUGGGCGGGCCAAAAGAAAACAAGACAGGACUUGGGCGGGCCAAAAGAAAACAAGACAGGACUUGUGCGGGCCAAAAGAAAACAAGACAGGACUUGUGCGGGCCAAAAGAAAACAAGACAGGACUUGGGCGGGCCAAAAGAAAACAAGACAGGACUUGUGCGGGCCAAAGGAAAAUAGGACGGGGGGGAAAGCUAUUAUGAAAAUAAUAAUAUUAAACAUUAUUUCGUUAUUUUGCGGGCCACAAAUUGGGUGCUGGCGGAUUGCAUGUGGCCCGCGGGCCGUAUGUUGUGCGGGCCUGCUCUACACUAAUUGUAAAUUUAGACGAAAACAGAUUUUCAAAAACAUUUUAAAAAUUUCUAAUUAAAACUUACAGUGAACUUGUCAAAGUAAUCAACACAAUCUGUUGUCAUUUCAGGAUUUGAAACUUUUUUGUGACAAGAGAGACAGCUACACCAAAUCCACUUUUUGUAUCGCUGAUAAUUUCAAUCGUUGUCAACUUGAGGGUAAGUGUAAUUCUUUACUUAAGUCAAACAGUCGGAUGUACAAUAAGUCAAGUCGACUGAACUUUAAGAUGAGUUGCCUGUAAUCCAAGUCAAGUCGGCUGUAUUCCAAGCCAGUUUGGCUUUACGGAAAGCCAAGUUGGUUGUAUACUAGGUCAAUUCGGCUGUACACCACGUCAAGUUGGCUGUACAGUCCGAUAGAUCAACAACAUGUCAAGUUACACGUGCACUAAGUCAAGUCAGCUGUACACCACGUCAAGUGAGCUGUACAGUCACAUAGGCUGAACAGCAUGUCCAGUCGCAUGUACACUAAGUCAAGUCAGUUGUACACUAAGUCAAGUCAGUUGUACACUAAGUCAAGUCAGUUGUACACUAAGUCAAGUCAACUGUACACCAUGUCAAGGUUCUACACUUACAGUACUUUUCCAUACAUUCUGUAGCCCUGGUCCCACAAGGCCGCACUUUCAACUGUACACAUUUGAUUAUGUGGAGGUCUAGUUGCCCAUGGUAUAAAUUAAUUAUGUCGUGUUCUAGUUGCCCCUGGUAUAAAUUAAUUGUGUUAAAGCUUAGUUGCUCAUUGUAUAAUGAUUAUUUUAUCGCUGUCUAGUUUCACUCUAGUUAUCUAGUAUAAAAUGCCACAUUUCGAAGUCGUCUACAUUGGUCCAUUGUACAACUUGGAUAAAGCCUUUGAUGUCGAUACUAUUUGACGUGGCGGUACCUGGUGGACUACAUCUUGUGACCUACAUUGAAUGUCAGUCGUCUGAUUUAUGGAAACCCUGUGAUGUGAUUCCUGUGGGACUACAUAUAUAGUGAGCUACGUUCCAUGUCUGGCAUCUGAUUUAUGGAAACCUUGUGCUGCGGUCGGUACCUGGGGGACUACAUCUUGUGACCUACAUUCCAUCUACAUUACUUUGUCUGUCAUCUGAUUUAUGGAAAACUUGUGCUGCGGUACCUGGGGGACAACAUCUUGUGCCCUACAUUGCACAGCAUUUUGCCCUGUUUGAUUGAACCCUUGUGCUGCAAUUAUUCUUGGGAGAAAUCACGAUAGGCAAGCGCUCCCAAGGAGAUCACAAAAAGCGUUGCAAAGACUCACUGAAAGUGGCACUUGGUCUUCAGCAUAAGCCCUACUCAAUGGGUGCAGACAGCCCAGGACAGAGCUAGGUGGAGAGCUGCUAUCAAGAAGGGAGCUAAAUCCCAUGAAGCUAAUAGAAUAACCACUGCUGAGACACGCAGGCUUGUCCGAAAGAGCAACAUUAGGUCACCGUCUGAAGCAACUAUUCCAUGCCCACGGUGUCAUAGAUUAUUCCGAGCAAGGAUCGGUCUAGCAAGCCACAUACGAGCUCACCGUAAUCCAACCUCCCCCUAACCGGAUGACUCGAUGGUCCUAGUCGACUUCGACGGACGAACAACAACAUAACCUGGGGGACUACAUCUUUUGACCUACAUUACUUGUCUGUCUACUAAUUUUAUAGAAACCUGGUGCUGCGCUACUCGGGGGACAGCAUCUUGUGACCUACAUUGCACAGCAUUUCUGUCCUUUUUGAUUGAAACCUUUUAUCAUCACGAACUAGUGUGUCUUUACAUCUAUUUUUAAAGAAAAGUUUCAAUUCUCUGCCAUGCUAUUGGGCUCUGCAAAUCACCUUAAAAAAUUAUUUAGCUUAGUUUUGGGUGCAUGUUUCCCUCUUACCCCCUAGUUACGCCUUAAUUACUUACGAGCGAUUGCUAUAAUCCCUCUAAAAUCUUUGGCUACGUCCAAUAUGUAACACACAACUGCUCAACACACAGUUUGUAUGCUGUAAUUAAACAAAAAAAAACUGUCAAUCUUGCAGUCUCAAUGCAAUCCUUAAGGAGUUAUCAAUCUAAAAUUCGAUGAAAUCCUUUCUAAAACCUGUAUUUUUUUCCAUGUUUUCAGAACCGCUGCCAUGGGAAAAAAAAUUAACAUUUAUAACUAUAACAAACAUUUUUUAAAAUAUUUUUCUUUCAAAUUCCUUCCCAUCAAUUUAAUGAUCGACCCCCUCCCCCACCCCUCCCGCGACAUUUUGUCUCUCUACUAGAGGGAGCUCUAAAGAUCAACGCCUCUAUGAUUCAGACCGCCAAGACCAUGGACAUCAUAUGUGAUGACCCGAGCCUCAAGUUCGACUGCAUCGUCCAGCUGACCAAGUACCACGCCAUUGACCUCCAGGCAUGCAUCACCUCCAAGUACGAUUUCACCAAGGAGUUGCUGGUCAAGACGAUGCAGCAGGUCACGUGCGAGAGUGCCACAAUAGGUCUCCAGUGCGCCUAUGACAUCAUGAAGACAUGCGACGAACACACUGCGACGGUUUACGAGACAGCGAGCGCAUUGUCCAUCCCAGCUAUCUGCUCACCAACAGUCAUCUAGGACACUAACAUGGUAUUCGCGGGCCAGGCACCAGUCCGCGAGUCUUAUGUUGCCGGUCCGCAAAAAACAACAAAACAACUAAACCUUAAAAAACCCGAUACUUAAGUUGAUCAAAGCUAAAUAAAGUUAGACUGCAACUUUUAAAAAAAAAGUUAAUCGUAAUGCAUUAAAUGGUAAUAGUUAACAGAAUCCCCUCUUCUAGGGGUAAUGGUGAUAAUAUUUAACAGAGUCAUCUCUUAUAGUUGUAAUAGUGGUAACUAAUGUAUCUGGCAUCAGUCCUUUGUGCCAUCUCCUAACUUAUCAACAAGUCCGCCAAAAUUUAUAAAAUUGAGAACCACUGAUUAUGAUCUAGAAUAUUGAUCAAACAAAGAUACAUUGACAGGAACUAAACAAAAUAUCCAGUCUAAUGUUUUUAGAAUAUAUAAGCUUACGAAUUGUAACCAUUUUUACUUUUUUUUAAUAGAAAGUUUACGCAAAAAAAUCACGUUAUAUGUAUAAUCUCUACACCAGUCACAAAUAGCAAAUUCAACUCUACACCAGGCACAAAUAGCAAAUUCAUCUCUACACUAUGACCAAAUCUUGGGUUCAAGUUGUUCAAAAACUACGAAAAAAAGUGGUAAAAUAAUGAUUCAAAUACAUUGUUCAUUAUUAACAAAAGCUGACUCUAAAUACGAUAUCAUUAUAAACAAAAGCUGACUAUAAAUAUGAUAUCUUUAUUAACAAUAGCUGACUAUAAAUAUGAUAUCAUAUUAACAAUAGCUGACUAUAAAAAUGAUAUCAAUAUUAAAAAUAGCUGACUAUAAAUAUGAUAUCAACAAUGGCUGACUAUAAAUACGAUAUCUUUAUUAACAAUAGCUCACUAUAAAUAUGAAAUAAAAGCCCUUCAAAAAGUUUUAUUGCAAAAGUUAACAAUAAAAAUGUCAACAAGUUAACCACAGACGUAAGACAGUAAGGUCUUGAUCAUUGCUUUUCCAAAGUAAGAUGAAGGAUGAAUGCUGUAGUUCUCUUUACUUAUAGACAUAUCCCAGCCGUCCAAGAACACAACCUUGUCUUCGAGUCCUUUGAAGAUGGUUUGAAUAAUCUCGAUUAGCAUAGUUCCCAUAGGGUCACCUCCAAUGGCUUGGUUUUGUGUCCAGCCCUGGUAUGUGACGUGGGGACCCCUGAUACCAAUGUAAACCUCGUUAUUUCUAGCCACCAGGCGAUCAAUGGCUUCCCUGACAGACUUGAGACGUUGAUAGACGGCUGUCAAAUGGGCAGCUGUGUAGUGCAGGUAGUAGUGGACUAUUAUCACGUGACGACCUCUGGACGAGAGAGCGUCUAGGGCUGACGCGACACUGGCCACGGUCAGUGACCUCUUAUUGCUUCCAUAUUUGGGCAUCUCGUGUUGGGUGUACGACAGGUUCAGGAUUCUAUCAGGAAUAAAACACCAACACCUUUUUUCAAGUACACCGGUCAUAUUGGUGCACUUGGUGACCGCAAGUAAAUCAUUGAACAUCUUAACGGUAUUAGAAUCCCCGAAGAGAUGGACGCUGGUGUUUGUAAGGCAUUGGAGUGUCCACUCUGACGUCAGACGGGCUGCUUCCUGACACAAAAGCGAAUCCCAUUCAAAAAUGUUCCAGAAUCCUUUGGGCCGAGACAUGUUCCAUGUUGCUGCAGGACUGACCAUAGAGCAGGGUAAGAGCUGUGGACGGGAACCUAGAGGUUGACACAUGGAGCAAGUUUCAAUGAAAGGGUUAAGAGUUGUGGAUGCGAAAUACAGGAUAAACAAUGGGAAUGCCUGUUAGUGAUACAAGACCUAAAAAAUGUAACACACCC